GGCUAUUUCUGCUAUCUGUCGCUAUCAGUACUGCAGUGCAGACAGAUGGGACACUUUUUCUUGGAGUUUAUGUUUUUGAUUUUUAACUUCUGGCAGAGUCUGCACUGUUGUUCUGUCUCCGUUUUCCCUGUCUGUUGUUAAACCAUGGCCCACCGGCUACGGUUUCAUUUUGGCUCUGGAAGAAGCAACACGGCUCCCGAGUCAGAUGUCCUAGAACAAGAAAGAGAAGAUAAUUUUUUCAUGGCACUCCACACACUGCCUAGGAGAAGUGGCUCUCACUCUUACACAAGAAAUGGAUCCGAUUAUGGCGACGGUGAAUUGCAAGAAGAGGGUGAACUAAAACGGAGCUCUUCAAUGUUUAUCCCCCAGUUGCUAAAUAACAUUGAUGCUCGUCCAACAAGAAGCUCAUCCAUGCAGAUCUCCCUUCAACGCAACGCUGUGAAUGGUUAUGCUGAUGAAUGUGAGUCUUCUGCGUUUUCCGACGGGGUUCUCUCAUUUUCAGACUUCAAUGAGCAUUAUGUGUCCACUGUAAGGAAAAAUUCCUCUUCUGCAAGUAGUUCGCAGGACACUCCGGGAAAUUCUCCUCCUCAAGUACACAGUACCACAAGGCACCAAAUGAAUGGUGCCAACUCUUUCCCUCCUAGGUGCUUUAGAUGCCCUUUCGUGGAACAGAACGAAAAUGUACACAGUAUUGUGGAUGAAGAUGAAGAAGCUUACGAGGCCACGUUCAGCAAGAAUGUUGGUGGAGUAAGAAUCAACAGUCAACCUGAAGGUCCAGAUAUCCACCACGUGCGAUUGAUGCCUCAGAGCCGCGAGGAUCAGAACGGGUCCAAUGUUGAACCCAGACGCUGGUCUCUGCAGCAUCUUCCGGACACAUCGGGGCAAAACCCAGGUCAAAGAUGUUUCGUAUUUCAACUUCAGCAAUCUCAGAGUGGUAAUGCUAAUCUAGGUGGAGAGUAUAACUUUGGCUUUACCGGCACAAAAGGAAACCGGCUGGUCAGGUAUCCCCGUAUCCGGCUGGAGAGGAGUACCUCGUACCCAUUGCAGCCAAGACCCGAGAGCACUAGCCCGGUAGAAAAUGGGGUGAGCGUGGAUAGAAGGAAUUGCAAUAAAGACUUUACCGAUGUUUUUCACAAUGAUUCCAGGGAAAGAACCUCACAGGGGCAAGGGUGCACUUUUAAAAUUCGACAAGAUCAAAAUGCUAGGCAGCCACAUUUUAGGAUUCGUGUAACGCAUGGCACGGAAGAUCAAAAUAAAGAACAAGAUAUUACAAGAAAUUCUGGAUCUGCUUUUGGAAAUGGGGCAACCAGAGAUGACUUCUUGGGUCAAGUUGACGUACCUCUGAAUCACCUACCAACAGAGGAUCCCAACAUGGAGAGGCCGUACACGUUCAAAGAUUUUUUACUCCGACCUAGAAGCCACAAAUCUCGAGUUAAGGGUUUCUUGAGGCUGAAAAUGGCCUACUUGCCGAAAAACGAUGGACAGGAGGAAGAAACCAGAGAACAAAGAGAGGAGGCAGAGCAAGCAUGGGAUGCACCAGACUCGAAUGAUUCUACCUCUCCACAUCAGCAAGAGUUGCCAGCCCCCCCAAUGCCACCAGGAUGGGAAGAGAAAGUUGACAACUUGGGACGGACAUAUUAUGUCAACCACAACAACAGGACCACUCAGUGGCACCGACCAAGUCUCAUAGAUGUCACAGCGGAAUCCGAUAGCAACAUAAGACACAUCCAGCAAGAAGCCCAUAGAGUAUUCCGAUCAAGGAGACACAUCAGUGAAGAUCUAGAACCAGAACACAUCGAUAGUGGAGAUGCUCCUGAGCCCUGGGAGACCAUUUCUGAGGAAAUGAGCUUGAGUAGUGACACACUGAACCAGUCACUGCCACCGCCUGCAUCUCCAGUCUCUCGGGCAAGCGCUCUAGAACUGUCAGAGGAGCUGAAUAGAAGGUUGCAGAUCAACUCGGAAUCUAAUGGAGAACAGUUCAGUUCACUUGUUCAGAGAGAACCUUCUUCGAGAUUAAGGUCUUGCAGUGUUACAGAUGGCGUUGCUGAGCAGGCUCAUUUAUCAAUGCCAAGCAGCCCAACUAGAAGAGCUCGCUCAUCUACUGUCACAGGUGGCGAAGAUUCAACGCCAUCUGUGGCCUAUGUACACACUACCCCCGGUUUACCGUCUGGCUGGGAAGAAAGAAAAGACGCCAAAGGACGUACAUAUUAUGUCAAUCAUAACAAUCGCACCACAACAUGGACCAGGCCUAUUGUGCAGCAUGCGGAAGAUGGUGCAGUGGGAUCCACUUCAAACAGUAGCAAUCAUCUGGCUGAGCCUCAAAUCAGGCGACCGCGUAGUCUCAGUUCCCCCACUGUCACUUUAUCUGCACCACUAGAGGGUGCAAAAGAUUUCCCAGCACGCAGAGCAGUGAAAGACACUCUGUCCAAUCCACAGUCACCGCAGCCAUCUCCUUACAAUUCUCCAAAACCACAACACAAAGGAGCACAGAGCUUCCUACCGCCAGGCUGGGAGAUGAGAAUUGCACCAAAUGGCAGACCAUUCUUUAUUGACCAUAAUACCAAAACUACCACUUGGGAAGAUCCACGGCUGAAAUUUCCAGUACAUAUGAGGCAUAAAGCCUCUUUAAAUCCGAACGACUUGGGUCCUUUACCUCCCGGUUGGGAGGAGAGAAUCCAUUUGGAUGGGAGAACCUUUUAUAUUGAUCACAGUAAUCAAGUAUUGAUGUGUGGAGACACUGGUGCUGGACACUUAGUACCUCCCUACGACAGUAAACUAACCCAGUGGGAGGACCCCCGGUUACAGAACCCAGCCAUAACUGGCCCUGCCGUUCCAUACUCAAGAGAAUUCAAGCAGAAAUAUGACUACUUUAGGAAGAAAUUGAAGAAACCCGCGGACAUACCCAACCGGUUUGAAAUGAAACUUCAUCGAAACAGCAUUUUUGAAGAAUCGUACCGGAGGAUUAUGUCUGUAAAAAGGCCUGAUGUCCUUAAGGCAAGGCUGUGGAUUGAAUUUGAGUCCGAGAAAGGGCUCGAUUACGGUGGAGUGGCCAGAGAAUGGUUCUUCCUUUUGUCCAAAGAAAUGUUUAAUCCUUAUUAUGGCCUCUUCGAAUACUCCGCAACGGACAAUUAUACCCUUCAGAUAAACCCCAAUUCAGGUCUCUGCAAUGAAGACCACCUUUCCUACUUCACAUUUAUUGGCCGCAUUGCAGGCCUUGCAGUGUUCCAUGGGAAAUUACUAGACGGUUUCUUCAUUAGACCUUUUUACAAGAUGAUGUUGGGGAAACAAAUCACAUUGAAAGACAUGGAGUCUGUGGAUAGCGAAUACUAUAAUUCUUUAAAAUGGAUCUUAGAAAAUGACCCGACUGAGCUGGACCUCAUGUUUUGUAUAGAUGAAGAAAAUUUUGGCCAGACUUACCAGGUGGAUCUGAAGCCAAAUGGGUCAGAAAUGGUUGUGACGAAUGACAACAAAAGAGAAUACAUAGACCUCGUUAUCCAGUGGAGAUUUGUGAAUCGGGUGCAGAAACAAAUGAAUGCAUUCUUAGAAGGUUUUACUGAACUCAUUCCUAUUGAUCUUAUUAAAAUAUUUGAUGAAAAUGAACUUGAGCUACUGAUGUGUGGUCUAGGAGACGUGGAUGUCAAUGACUGGAGACAGCACACACUGUAUAAAAAUGGAUAUUGUGCAAAUCAUCCAGUCAUCCAGUGGUACUGGAAGGCUGUGCUCCUCAUGGACGCUGAAAAACGUAUCCGAUUGCUCCAGUUUGUAACUGGGACAUCACGUGUGCCUAUGAAUGGAUUUGCUGAACUGUAUGGUUCAAAUGGUCCUCAACUGUUUACAAUAGAGCAGUGGGGAAGCCCAGAUAAGCUGCCCAGAGCUCACACUUGCUUUAACCGUCUAGACUUACCUCCAUAUGACUCUUUUGAAGAUUUGCGCGAGAAGCUUCUCAUGGCGGUAGAGAAUGCUCAGGGAUUCGAAGGCGUCGAUUAAGGAGGAAAUCUGAUUUAUAUCAAGCACCAUGCUUAUGGAAACUUCUUAAGUGGACAUUACCAGUGAUAAGAGGGACAAUUUGCAAAACAAAUACAUAUAUCUUUGUCAAUCUACAUGCUUGUAUAUCUAGAUAGAUACAGAUAUAUUUAUUUAUUUAGCCCCAAGGGACAAAUGUGACAGUCUGUGGCAUUGAUACUUUGUGUCCGUUUACGUAGAAAAGUCAGAUCAUUUUGCUCUUGAGAUUUACUGCAAAAUUUGUUCUGACUCUGGAUGAAAAUGGAAAUAGACACUUGUAAGAUGGUAAAAUUGCUGGCAAAUAUGAUACAGUUUUACUGUUAGAAGCAAUGCAGGAGAAAUCAGUGCAAACUGUGCCAAUUCGGGUCUGUCCUCUGGUUCCUAAUCCCGGACGUUGGUUCUGCAGUGCAGUUUCUUCAGUUAAGACUGUGGAUGGUACCUAUGUGAUCUAUACAGCAAUCCUAAGCUGUUAAACCUAUACAUAAAUGACAUUUCAGGUGGACUUUCUAUAUUUAUGUUUGCCUCAUUAGGCAAAAUACCCCUUUUCCCCUCUGAGUGCAUGCUGUGGGAUCUACUUUGCAAUGCAUUGAUCUGUCUCUCCGGCACUCGUAUAUUUAAUACAUAUUUUACAUCCUUUGUAAUACUAAUGAAAUGGAACUAAUCACAUCACAGGUAUAGUAUUAAAACCCAUGUUUACUUUUUAAUCGAUUUCAACCUAUUCUUAAAUUUUAUUUUGCUUCUAUUAAAGCUGCAUAUACCAAACCUCCGAGCCAACUUUUUUCUUAAUAUAAUGCCCGACCUUUUAUACCAAAGCCGUUUCGGCUUGGACAAGCAAUCUUGAUUCACAACCUGUUGAAAGGCAUUUUACUCUUGUUAAUAACAUCAGGUGGUUCAACUUUUUAAGUGCCACACGCAAAGUUUUUUUUUUUUUUUCUUAUUUUUGUUUAUACUAUGUUGCAGACUAAUAUUUUUUUGAUUGUAGACAGUCAAAUGGAGUGAAAAAUCAUUCAUUUUUUUUAAUGUAAUCAAUCAAGACUACUUAAAGGUCAUAAAAUGAUUGCUAAUAUAGCAUGUCGGGAAAAAUAAAUCUAUUUACUUGUGAAGAUCGAUAUUCGUAAUGUUUAUGUGUAAUAUAGGAAUUAUCUGAAGUGCCAUUUUCCGAUUGAAGAUAUGGAUAUUGCUAUCCGUUUUCUGUAUAGAAAUUCUUCCUUCCUCUCUGAUAUUUAUAAAGGGGAGCCAUGUAAAGCCGGGGUCUGCCAGAUUUAAACCAUUUCUUUGUUGUCUUUUAAUUUGUACGCUUUGAUAUUAACUGCACCCAUUUAGAAGGCACUUUAUCUAACACGCUGAGGUUAUACAGUAGCCAUUUUCUUUAGUUUUCAUCUAAAAUAGUGCUUAUAUUUCUAUUUUCUGUUAACACUCAUGCCAGACUGCUGGAAUCUUUUGGCACUGUAGCUACUGCGGAUUGAAAUUCUCCGAAUGCUGUGCUCGUUGCUGGUUAGCAGGGCAUGCUGGGAGUUUGUCUACAAAGCAUGUCCAUUAUGUCAUGUUCUUUCAAACAUAUAUUCCUUUAUAUUUUAAACUUGGCUGCUGCUGUAAAAAUACAAAUGGAAUGUAUAGCUGAGCCUCCCUUCCAACAUUUGUCUCUUUUUGUUUUUUUAAAUAUAUUUCAUGGUUUGCUUAUCACAACAACAACGAAAAAGUUUGUUUAAUGAACACAGUAACAUAUAUUUCUUGUUGUAAAUGACCUGGUGCAUGCUUAUUCUGUAGUGCCUGACUGUCUUUCUUGUGAUUUCGUACUUUCACUGAAAUGUAGAAUGUUAAAGAUUUCCGAUACUGUAGAAUAUUUUUAAUUUUGUAUUAUUAUUAUUAUUUGUCCUAAGCAUUUUACACUCAAAUUAUUUUCUGUUCAAAAACAAUGCAGUGGACUUUUAACAAAAUCAUAUGAAAACGGCCUCUUCCAGUAUUCCAUAACAAAAGUUGAUCUUAUCUUUUACGGGAGUUUCUUGUUGUCCUAAUUACAGUUGUAGAAAUAUUUACGGAGUAUAACGUUUAGUCGUUUACUCUCAGAAACAUUUUUGACAUCCAAUUUCGCAAAUCUAAACCAAAAUAGCAGACUUUAAUAAACAAUUUAGUUGUACUGAAUACAAUUCCCGUGGGUUACAUUCUGAUUAUGAAUAGUCUGCACUCUUCCAAUUCUUGGGGUUUUUGUUGGCUACGGCUAGAUUCAGAUUUUUAGAUAUCACUUUAGCAAGAACUCAAGUCACAUUGAGCUUUCGUGUUCAGAACAUUAACUUAUUGUAGAGUAACCUAGAAGUUUGCCAAAUUUUGACUAAAUGGAUACUCUAUUCAGGUGCUUCACCCACUAGCAGAGGAAUUCCCCAGAAGUUGUAAGCUACAGGCAACUGUCAAUAUAUUUUGUUUUUAUAUGGUAAUACCGGACGUUGGAGCGUUCGGGUUCACACCAAAUGGAUAUGACAUCGUAGGCAGACUUGGUGUUCCAUAAAUAUACUCCCACAAUUAAAAUAAAAUGAACUGACUUUUUUUAACCCCAAUGUGCUGAACUGGCAACCUGGGAUUUAUUUUUGUCAGUAUGGUCCCUUUGAUGUCACCCAGCCAUUAAAUAUACUGGUCAUCUUGUAAAUUGUAGAGAAAAUUCAGAUUAUUGCCGAAACACUGCAAAUAUUUGUUUUUGUUCAGAACUGAAUAUACCAUAGCAAAUGUGUUACAUAUAUUUUUUACCAAAUAUCCAAUUAAAUAUUACCCUGAACACUGUCUCUGUGUUUACGUUGGGUUAGGAAUAAUUUCCUGGAAACUAUGCUAACCUUCACCAUUGUGUGGUGGAAUAAUUUUGCCUGACAUUAGGGCAUAGCUAGAUGAAUGUAUCUAAGAACUUAGUAUUUUCCGUGAGCAGCUGUAUUUGGUGUUGUAAGGUGUGAGCUUAGUUUAUUUAAAAAACAAACAAAAAGUUUCCCUCUUGUACAAUUCCAUAUUGGUAUGUUUGAUAAUCCGUGUGAUGGCCAAAUUUGUAGCAAACGUUUAAAAAAAAAAAAAAAAAUCUAUAUAUUUUGAUUCACAGUGCAUUGCAGACACUUCUGUCACUAAAAACAAAAACUGCUAAAACUAUAUAUUUUUUGCCAAGUAUUCUAAGAAUAGGUGGUGUUCAACAAAUUGUCACCCUUGUGAAUAAUUAAAACAAACAUUUUUUUUUUUGUACCAGGGUUUUUCUCCUAGAUAUGUAGUUUUAUAAGGCAUGGUAGCACCUCUAAUGGUGCUACUAGCCAAACGGACAAAUUAAAUAUUUGCCAAUUUGCUUGUUGUACAUUCCUGCCAUUACCUUAAUCUACAGUCACGCAGAUCUUGUGGGUUUGUUUUAUUGCUAUGUUUUUAUAAAUCACCUUUUCAUGAUUUUUUAAAAUGUUUUCAGAAGGUUAAAUGUUAACAUAUUCAUUGUGAAAUAAAAUUGAACCUAAAUAAA